GCGAGAGAUAGCAUGCUGUAUAUAAAGCCCAUAUUAUCACAGACCUCAGGAGUUCGAUCUCUCACAUAAAACGGCGGGUUACCCUCUCUCCUCGCCUUUUAUUUCGCACCCUCGCCUUUGCCCAUACACCGUAGGCCGAAAGAUACUCUAAUCUGGAGAGAGAGAGAGAGAGGGAGAAAACAAAAGAAAAAGACGGUAACACCCCUCAACAACACAAAAGCAAGCGGUUUCUCCGUCCAAAAAACGAAAAAAACCGCUCACCGUGGAUGUCAAGCGGGGGCGCCACCACCACGUCCUCCUGCAACGGUUGCCCGAGCCCACGCCGCCGCCGCGUGGCCGACUACGCCGACGCCGAGAAAGGGGUCGACUACUACAUUCUCAACGGAAUCGACGACGGCGACGGGGGAGGAGGAUUCGACAACUCAUCCGCCGCAGCCGCUGUACACAGCGGCGUGUACCACCACCACCAGAUGAUCCGAAUGCUGCGAAAGCGGGGGCCCUGCGCGGUUGACCAGUGUUUGAUAUCGGGCAAAAGGAAUUUUGGACGGACGGUUCUGUGUGCGCUUAUUGUGAUGGUGGUGGUCUCGGUGUUUGUUAAGGUUUCGUUCAUGGCGGGUUGCAAUAAUAAUGUAGAGAGAGAGGAUAACGGGGAGAGGAGAGAGAGUAACGGGUUGUUGAUUCUCCAUACUAUUACCGAUGAUUUUGCUUACAGGGCCGUUCCCGAAUUCGAGCGUCCGUCUAGUUCUGCCAUGCCCAAGCGAUUGCUGGAGAAAUACCCGACACCGGAAAUAUGGAUGAAACCAAACAGUGAUAGCCUUUACCAGUGCAUUGUUCGGCCAAGGAGUCAAAUCAGGGCGAGCUCUGCAACAAAUGGUUAUAUUUUAGUUCAUGCCAAUGGUGGAUUGAAUCAAAUGAGAACAGGAAUAUGUGAUAUGGUUGCUGUGGCAAAGAUCAUGAAUGCCACUUUGGUCCUUCCUUCUCUUGAUCAUAAGUCCUUUUGGACAGAUCCAAGUGAUUUUAAGGACAUUUUCGAUUGGAGGCACUUCAUUAAAGUUUUGAAAGACGAUAUCGACAUAGUCGAAUCCUUGCCACCAAGCCAUGCGACAAUCAAGCCUGUUUCUAAGGCACCCAUUUCCUGGUCUAAGGCUAGUUACUACAGAGGAGACAUGGUUCAGCUGUUGAAAAAGCACAAGGUGAUCAAGUUUACGCAUACUGAUUCACGGCUUGCUAAUAAUGGCCUCGCGAGUUCUAUACAAAAGCUUAGGUGUCGAGCUAAUUACAAGGCGCUACGAUACACCGAAGAGAUUGAGGAGCUUGGGCGCACGCUCGUGGAUAGGCUUAGGAAAAACAGUGAGCCGUAUGUCGCCCUCCAUUUAAGGUAUGAGAAAGAUAUGCUUGCAUUCACCGGCUGCAGCCACAACCUAACUGCAGAAGACGCUGGGAACCUUCGUACUAUGAGGUACAAUGUCAAGCAUUGGAAAGAAAAGGAGAUAGACAGCAAAGCAAGGCGGCUCGAAGGGGGAUGCCCUAUGUCCCCAAGGGAGGCAGCCUUAUUCCUCAAGGCCAUGGGGUACCCUUCAACCACCACCAUAUACAUAGUCGCUGGGGAAAUUUAUGGCGGUAGCAGCAUGAACGCAUUCCGUUCUGAAUUCCCAAACGUUUUCUCUCAUUCGACUCUUGCAACCAGAGAAGAGCUGGAGCUUUUUAAGCAGUUUCAGAAUCGUCUUGCCGCCUUGGACUACAUUGUAGCAUUGGAAAGUGACGUGUUUGUUUACACCUACGAUGGGAAUAUGGCGAAGGCGGUGCAAGGGCACCGGAGGUUUGAAGGGUUUCGAAAGACUAUUAACCCUGACAGGGAGAAUUUUGUGAGAUUGAUUGAUCGAUUGGAUGAGGGUGCAAUUUCUUGGGAAAAGUUCUCAUCAAAUGUUAAGAGACUGCACUCUGAUAGACUUGGAGCACCGUAUUUUAGAUUGCCAGGAGAAUCAACAAAGCUGGAGGAAAACUUUUAUGCAAACCCUUACCCUGGUUGUGUUUGCAACAGAUCUCAGGAGCACAUAAGCAGCCUCGGACUCGAUCGGAGACCGAAUCUAAAGGCAUCUGCACAAAGAUAGGGUUUUUAGUUUUUUUCUUAGGUAGAAAUACAUAUUGGCUUCCCCUUGUAAAGUGCAUGAAACCCAUUGCUUCAAAGCCAGCUAACAUGGGUUUUUUUUCAUAAGGAAUGGCACCGUGCCGGUUGCGUUCGGUUAUGCUUUGCAGAAUCAGUUCUUAGAAUACUUUUCUUAAACUAGUUUUCGAAACAAAAAUGCUCGUCGUUUCCAUUUGUGCUUAUUUUCUGAGGCAAAAAAACGCGGUAUUUUCCUCAAAAGUCCUCCAAAAAAAACCCGAGAAAAGUAUUCUACACGAAGCGAUUCUGAAAAAAGCGAUUGAACAGUCCUGCCUUUUUUUCCAAGCUGAGCUUUAGAGACUUUUUUUUCCAGAUGCAAGUUUCAGUAUUUUUGUGUAGAGAAAGGGUUUGUAUGGGGAAGCAGAGAAGGUAUAGAAUUAUUGAUUAUAUAUGUGCACAGGAUCAAAGUUCUCAAUUAAUUCAUUAUUCCAUUCUCUUUU